AUGGUCUCGCUGACGCGACUUCUACUAGCAUCCGCCUUGAUUACCCUCUCCACGAUCGUUCCCACUGUUCACGCCCUUAGUACCGGAUUCCCUUACGAAACGCAAAAAAUCCGCGGUGUCAAUCUGGGCGGAUGGCUCGUUCUUGAGCGAUGGCUCAAGCCUUCCCUAUUCGAGGCAACGGGAAAUCCGUCCCUUGUUGACGAAUGGUCCUUCUGCGAGAGCCAAGAUCGGGAGAAAGCUACACAGGCUCUCAAGCAUCACUGGGACACUUGGAUUACCGAGGCUGACUUUAGGGAGAUGGCUGCUGUUGGACUCAACCACGUACGACUCCCCAUAGGAUAUUGGGCAUUCGAAACUGCCCCUGGAGAGCCGUACAUUAGCGGUCAACUGCCAUACCUCGAGAAAGCCGUGGAAUGGGCUGGGAAACAUAAUAUCAAAGUUAUCAUUGAUCUCCAUGGCGCCCCUGGAAGUCAGAAUGGGUUCGACAAUUCCGGCCAUAAACAGAACGCUCCCGAGUGGCAUACCUCUCAGUCCUAUAUUGACCGAACCAAUGCGAUCAUCCGGAGGAUUGCGAUAAUGUUCAGAAACAGGACGGGCGUGGUAACGGCUAUCGCUCCUCUGAACGAGCCUGCUGGGUUUUACAGUCAGGACGUCGUCGAAGUCUCAAAGCAGUAUUGGAAGACUAGUUACGAAAGCAUCCGCCAUUCUAAGAGCAAAGCCGUCACGAUCAUACACGACGCCUUCCAGCCUCUGGAAAAUUGGAAUGGAUUCAUGACUGGCCCGGGAUACGAAGGUUCAAUGCUGGACACUCAUAUUUACCAACUAUACUCGGUGGCGCAAAAUCGCUACUCUGAAGCCGAGCACAUCGUUGAAGCCUGUGAUACUCGGAACAGACUCCAGUCCAAAGAUCACCUGCCCGUUGUAGUGGGCGAAUGGUCGGUAGCUCCCAACGAUUGCGUGAAUCGCCAAUUGGGGUAUAGGUCGAUGUAUGAUGGCUCCUACCCUGGUUCUACCCGCGUCGGAUCAUGCGAAGGCCUAUCCGGCGACAGCAAGACUUUCAGCUCGAGCUACAAGGCGUUCCUCCGGAAAUAUUGGGAGGCGCAGACGAUGUCGUAUGAGAAGGGUCAAGGCUGGAUAAUGUGGACGUGGAAGACGGAGACGGCAGAUGAGUGGAGCUAUAAGGCCGGGUUGGCUGGUGGCUGGAUACCGAGGAACCCGACGGAUUAUAAGUAUCCCAGAAUUUGUGGGUGA